AUGGCGUCUGAAUGCCACAGAGUCUGGUACAACGCAAUGCAGGAGGAAGAUGGUUUCCAAGAUUAUCUGAUGAAAUCUCUGGUGAAUUUGGUUGGCGAAAUUAGACGUGGCAACCAGAACGAGGAGAUCCUUCAUGAAAUGGCACUGGCUGUCCAAAAUCUUUCCGUUAUUUACAAUCCAACAUAUUUGCAAGAGUCAGAUGAAAGAGCUUUCGAGGACCUAUUUCAAGAAGAGUUCAUCAAACCUGUGAUCCAAAUGUACGGUGAAAAAAUGAACAGCAUCUUGACCAAAAACGCUCGAGAUCAAGAAUUGUGCAUCAUAGAGUCUGUUAAUGAUUUCUUCGUUGAUAUAUUGGAAACAUUUUUUGAGCCUUAUAAACCUACAAUACUGACAAAUUUAGACCGAUUCUUUGAAGAAGAUAGAUAUGAAGCGCUCUCAAACUUGUACUUCAUCUUCAAGGACAUUAGCGAUGGUGUUGACAUGGAGAGAUUGACCUCGAAAUUUCAUGCCAUUGUCCAAAGAGAGACAAAUGAAAUAACGUCCAAAUCCGCUGGAACUGAUCAGCAGGUGGUAGAGUACCUCGCCAAAAUGUACAGUAAAAAGUUUAAAAUGAUUGAAACCGUCUUCAAAGGAGACAGUAAUUUCUUGGACCUCCUUAACAAGGCUGUAGCACCCAUUUUAAAUAAGAAAACUGAUCCGUACUCUCCUUGCAAAUCUCCUGAGAUGUGGGGGAUCGGAGACCUAACCUUGAGAAGUAACAUCAUGACCAUGAUCGAAGAUGUGCUAAUUUCAAACAAUGUGCUCGAAAAUUUCAACACGACCAAAAAUGAUUUUGGCUUUGUAUUUACCGCUCAGGUCAUGAAAACCCAAGCUUGGCCAAUCCGCAGCACUGACAAUACCCAAAUCAAACUCUCUGGCGAGUUGAAGGUUGCAUUGGACAAGUACGAAAGCAUCCAUAAGCACUUUUUAAACAAUCGAAAGCUGAUUUGGAAUUACCUUCACAGCACAGCCGAAAUCCAAAUCAACUAUUUGAACAAGCCCUAUCUGCUCUCAAUGAACACAUAUCAAAUGGCAAUCAUGCUUCUAUUCGAGGGAAAUAACCACCUCGGCUUCAUGGACAUUAAAGAGACUCUCGCUAUUCCUGACGAAACACUCGUUGAUCAGCUCGCAUGCCUGGUAGAAAGUGAUCUCCUUGUUGCUCACCCAAUGGUGCGGAAAAUGCUGGAGGAUAAAUUUGAGCUUGAAAUUCCGGCGUUUGAAAGGGAUACUGCCGAUCUUGUUAACAGGAAGUACUUGGAACAGCACCUAAAUGAUAAGAAAUUGUACAGAUAUCUCUAA